AUGAAGCAUGAUUUAUCAUCGUCAUCUGAGCUUGGUUACAGGAGCAGAAAGCACUUAAAGAGGAGUCAGCAAAAUUUGUCGGCAUUUCUUUCCGUGAAAAGGGUCCGAUCCUUCCCCUCUCAGAAAGAGCCUCCAUGUGAAAAAAAGCUGAUUGUUUCGCAAGAAGCUGUAAGCUCUCUUUUUGUUGCAGAGUCUGAAAGUGACACUGAAAGUGAAAGCAAUUAUGCAAUAAGCAACAUAACUGAACAAAAUCCUAGGAGAAAAAAUACAAUUAGUGCGAGAGAGUUUAAUAAAUUGUUGAAGAGUUCUACUUCCAUGGGCACACCAUUUUGUUAUCAUGAUGAACCUUGCGUUCUGCGAACAGUGAAAAAAGAAGGCAGUAAGAAUUUUGGAAAGAAAUUUUGGUGCUGCGGCAGGCAUUCAAGAAACUUGUCCUGGAAUCUCACAGAUCAAAAAGAUGGUCAUGAUCACAAUGACCUUCUGAAACGCCCAUUGGACGAGUACGAAUGUGGCUUUUUUAAAUGGGUCUCCAAGAUGUGA